GGUCGUGUAACCUGCAGUAUUCCAAUAUCAGAGCCAGCCUUGCCCCGUUCCCACCAGUCUGGUGCAUUACGCUGGACCUGGACCUAAUGUGGUGUCGUAGGACGGCAUAUCGCAUGCAUGUCUCAGCCGGUAGCCCAACUACUAGGCUUCGGGUAGCUUUUCCUUCCCUCCUCGCCGCCGUAAGCGCAACCUGAGAUGCUCCCGAAUCGGCACUGCUGUUACGUGUCUCGUGCAGGUCAAGCCUUGGAUUGGGUGCUAGCGAGGCGAGGUUGGGCAUCGUGCCCCUUUCGCCUUCUUGAGUGAAAUGGCUACAACUCGGAGUGCUCACGUACUGGUCGUAUAUCGUCCACGUUUCCUCCGGCGCAACUGCCUCCAAGGUGGUCAUUCCUCAAGCCAACACAACGGCAAUCUUCCACCAUGUCGACAGCCUAUGCCCCCCCGCCCGAGACGGCGUACCUCAGGAACGAGGUGUUUAACAUGCCGACCAACGAUGGCGACGUGUGGGCGAUAUCGUUUUCCACGAGCAGCAGCCAAUUCCUCAACGGCGCCAUAGCCGUCGUUUUCACCCUCAUCUUCCCUUGGGCCUGGGGACUCAUCGCUGCGGCGGCUUUGUAUGCGGCCCCGAAGGAGUUGACACGGCGCCAGUCGGUCGGCCUGGUGACGUUAUGCAACGCACCGGAUCCCUGGACGGCCUUCAAAUGCCUCUUGGUUUUCGUGUAUGAGAGCGUGGGCACCACCAAGACGUGGGGGGACUCGGUCCUCGGCUUCGUGUUCGGUACCAUCGCUCUCGGCGUAUUCGUGGUCGGCAUAGUCAUGGGUAUCAUAGGGCCUCCUCUCCUGCAGAUCGGCAACGUCGCCCCGGUGCGGUCCAGCAUCCUUUUUUACCCUACAUUGCCGCCUGUAGGCGACGCACUUGGGCGCGAGCUGUUCAACGGCCACCGGAGCCUGGGUGUCCUGCGAGCUCUGAGCAGCGUCGAGAUUGCCCGGGUGACGAUGCGAUCUAAGGUAGAGAUCACGACAGCUCCUAACGCCACGGCCCUUGACCGCAACCCCUCGUCCCAGGCGGACCCCCCCGAGUUCACAUUUGCCCUGACGUACUCGUACAAUCUCACGGGCCCCGACUUUGGUCUCGAACAUGCCUCGGACCUGGCCCUCAGUGUCUCAGGCGCGUGCCGUGCCGAUUACACCUGGCUCAAUGAGACGCAUCCAGAUCGCGCAGCCUACGAUCACUACCAGUUGUGGGGGCUAAAUACCCUCCCCCCGUACCGUGUUGCGCUCAACGGAAGCUCGAUUGGGGACCUGCCCAGAGCCAGUUUCCGGCUACAUCCAGACGCCGGGAACCAACUCCAGAAGGACGGCAAUGUUUCAUAUGCCAUAUUGGUGACGUCGGCCCAUCGCCCGAGUAUCUCGGCGGGUUCCGACCCUUUUUACGUGACGGAGCCGAGCGACCCCAACACGGCUGGGGCAAAUCCAACAUACGCCGAGUGGGUUAGGAGCGGCAGACCCGUGCUCUCAUGCUGGCAACAAGACCGAUGGAGCUACCGAGGAGAGCGGGUGAAAAACGUCGCUAGUCUCAAGAACGUGACCGACAUGGCGGUACCCCGCGUGCUUCUGGAUGUCCUUGAGGCCGCUCUCUCCCAGCCCCUGAUUGUCGUCAUCGGCCCCAUCGCCGGACCGUCCGCGCUCGAGUCGGUCAUCACUAGUCCCGGAGGCUUCAACACCGACGGCCUUAUCGAUGCAAACGCUGCUAGCAUUCAGCGAGACCUCGAACGCCUGAUCGUCGCCAGCUUCGUCAACACACAGAACGUCUUUGUUGACGCGGCCUUGUCCGAGCCCUCGGAGGGGCAAAAGGGGCUGGGGAACAUCUUUACCGGCACCGACGGGCAGCCACGCGAUGGCGCCGGCAGGUUCGUCGUGACCACGCCCGACGUCCAGACGUUCACCCUACGGGGACUCAUCGCCCUCGCCGCCGUGGUGGUGGGCCUGGUUCUCCUCAAGACGCUGCUCAUGUUCAAGCUCAUCCUGCAUGCCGACUCCCAUGGCGAUGCGGCCAACCCCCCGGCCGACAGUGAGACACCGGACGGCCCGGGGACCGGCCCGGGGACCGACGCGGGGACUCGCCCGCCCAACGACGAUCGGUGGGCGCGCUUCAAGGCCUUCUCCGCCAUCAGCCUCCUCCGCAACGUCUACGAGGGCGGGCGAGGCGUCCCCAGGGACGACUGGAAAUGCUGCGAGGAGUUCCCGGCCUAUGACCCCGACAAAUCCUUCCGGUUGGUCAAAUGCAACCACGGAGCGUGCGCUUGCGGCGGCCAUAUAGAGACGGACCGUGACGCCUUCCCUCGGCAGGAUCCCCCGACCCUCAAGCCCCCUCCAGCCCCCGAGAACCCCGUCGACGAUGGUAAAAAGGGUUAAGAGGCACAAGAUGGCAUUCCCGGCAGAGAUAGUUUGGUGACGCUGGACACGGUUGUUGACAGUGGGCGGGUCACAUAACGGAAGAAAUACC